GAGAGAGAGAGAGAGAGAGGGGAGCAAAAAAAAUCACGGUGAACCUCAUUUUUUUCGCCGUUAUUGGGAUUUCCAUUUCGUUUUUUCUCUCCAUUGAAAUGGUGGAAAUCCAUGGAAUCAUGUGAUUUGAGCAAGGGAUGAGGAGAAGCAGAGAUUUGCAAGGUGCUGGUUCUACCGUCAACGGCGCGCUGAGGAGGAGGCAGAGGGUCGCCACUCUCAGGGAUUCAUCGGACGAGGUUGAACAGAUGAUGGUGUUGAAGGGGACAGUGAGGUUGAGAGAUCGAGAGCGAUUGCGGAAGAAGGAGAGGGGUCGAGAUUUAUCGAAGAGGAGGAGAAUUGAGAAUAGGUCUGUGGUGCAGCAGAGGAGUGGCGGCGGAGUCGGCGGUUGCGGUGGUGGAAGUUAUAGAGAGAGCGUGAACCUGGACUCGAGUGAUGAAGAUUGCUUUGAGGAGGGAGUGGAGACGAGAAUUCACCAGCAGAAUAUGACCACUCAGCUGCCGCCGUCGCCUAACCAUCGGGAAGGGUCUGUGGAUAGAGGAAAAGUGGGGUCUCCAGAGGAGAGAGAGUCGCCAUCGUUUGUUAAAGUAGAUGCUUGUGAUAAUCAGUAUCCAACAGUGACAAAAGCGGAUUAUGAGGAUGGGACUAAGAAGAGCUCCAGGAUAGAGAUUGAUUUGAUGGCCCUUCCAUCUCUGCCAUCAUCCCCCGAGAGAGACAUCACUGUCGAUAUUAAUUCCGAAACUAUGGCUCAAGAUGUUCAAAAGGCAUUGCAAUCUCUUUCCAUUGUGGUUUUUAUUCACUGCUUUAUUUUAGUUUAUUUUUACGUAAUUUGUCUGAGACCAUUAUACUUGCUAAUUCUCGUGCAGAAGAAGAGUGAAACUAGUCCCAGUGGCAGCACUGAAGCAUUAAGCAGCAAUCAGUCGCUAAACCUUAAUUUGGAGCAGCAAAGGCAUGAUACCUCGAGUGCUAGCAAAAGCACUGCACAGCUGCAGCAGAACUUGAAGGAGCCAAAAAAUCAAUGUAGCUGGCCUGGUGUUCUUCCUCAUGCGGGUUAUGUGCCGUCUCAUCGUGCAGAUUUACCCCGGUCUUCACUGACAAUGCAGGCCCCAGAGUUUAAAUUCUUGCAGCCUCGACCCAAGAGAUGUGCGACACAUAGAUAUAUUGCCGAGAACAUUCAUUAUCACAAUCAGCUUGUUCAGAAGUCCCUGUCAUCUGGGUUGACUGGUGUUGGCACUACUUUGUAUGGAACCAAAUCGUCCAACAUAAAAUCGAUACCGGAGAAGAAUUUGACGGGUGAUACCGGUGAAGAUAAAAGCUCUCGUGUUUCUGCAGAUUUCAAUGUCAGAUCAAGUGCCAAGUCUCUGCUCCAACAAGCCCCCAGCCAAGCUCAAGCUCAAGCUCGUAACUUUUUGCACAACCCGGUUUUCACAUUCCCACUCGGUGGUCACCAUCAAGCGGCAAUAAUGGCGCCACCCAAUUCAUUAACAAAUAAACCUCCAGCAACCUCAUCCCAUGUGGAGACAUCAAAUGCAGGCACCUUUAAUCGCUCGUUUUUCCCUUCCAAUGAAGCCACUUCUUCAUACAUAGCAAUGCUACAGAAUAACGGCUACCAGUUUCCUAUUCCACCGAAUAUUGCUCUACCACCUUCUUUCAAAAGUGGAUCCAUCUUAAACUCAUCCUUGUACUCCCUGCCUGUUUCGAAAACCGAUGCAAAUAAAACGCCACAAAUGGAGAGGAAAAACGGCGCCUCUGCUAGUAAUGACAGUGCAGCCCAGAUUUAUUCAUUUUCUGUCCAGCCAAUGAGCUGCGGUCACACCAGCAACAAACUGCCACCUGUCUCACAAAACUCCUCCGCCAUCUUCCAGAAGCUUCCAGAACCAUCGUGGAACGGUUAUAACAAGAACUUUCCUUCAUCUGAUGAGAAAUCUCGUAAUGUUGGUAUUCCUCCGUCCCAUUUAAGUCUCGUCCCAAUUCCAACUUUCCAGCACCAAGUGCAUCCUAAAGCCUCUUCAUUCCAGACUGAUUAUUCGCCCUUGACUUCGAAAUGGGAUAACUUCUCUAGAACAGCAAAAGUUCCGGAAGGUUCGUUUCAGUUUUUCGCACAACACAUUCCUCAGACAAAAGUUCCAGAGGGUUCUCAGAGGUUGUCCCCGGCUUGUAGAAGGAAUGUGCCUUCGAUUUUAUGUAAUGGUGGUGCAAGUCAACUUCCAGAGCUCAAGCAUUGAUUUAUUUUAUUUUUUAUUUUUAUUUUUU